GCAAAAUGAAUUUUGCUGCGAUUUUAUGCCAAGGGCUGGCGCGUGCCUUGUGCCCGAUACGAAAGAGGACGACACACAAAACAUGGCACUCGGACGAAGACGACGAGCUGCUAGCACCGAAACGGGUUUGUUGAUCGCUGUCCGCAUGCCUCCUGAAUGUGCUUGAAAGGAACAAGCUUUGAAGAGCGUCGCUCACUGAACCAUGCAGAAAUGCCUUAUUUGGCUAAGCAUAUUAUGUUCCAUCGUGGAAGCCAUGAAGCUGGACGAGCGUGUCCUGAAGCGCGCGUACCGUCGCGACGUGUGGUUGGCGAACAGCCUGCUGGACCUGAUUGUGGAGCGGUUGGCGCGCGAUCCAAGCGUGUCGGCCGCCUUGGACCCGCUGACCCUGGACGAAGUGGUCAUGGACCGCGGCCGCAUCUUCAAUGUGUCCGUGGAAGGCCUGAGCCGACUGCACCGGUCCGCGGACACUGUGCUCCGGUUACGCAACGCCUACACCGUGGCCAUCGAGGGGCAGCUCACGUUCGGCAGCCUUUUCAUCAAAAGCAUGUAUCACUUCAGGCCCAUUUCGGUGCUCGAGCUAGAGGGGCACAUGGACGUUCUAUUGACGGGCCUCACGGUCGGCAUCGAGAUCCGCGUCCAGCAUGAAGUCCCCGUGCUCACACAGUUCAAGGUGACCGCGCUUUUGCCAUCGUUAAAAUGUUUUGUGUACAAGCAAAACGGUGGGCAAGGUCUCAUCUAUCAGACGCUAAAGCGCAUCCCUGACUGA